AUAUUCAUGAAGAAAUGUUGAAAGAUCGAAUUCGAACAGAAAGCUAUUGUGAUUUUAUCUACGAAAAUAAAGAUCUUUUCAAGGACAAGGUUGUGUUGGAUAUUGGGUGUGGUAAUCUGUAG